GAGCGUGCACACUGUGCACGGGUGUGCUAACCGUGGGACCCCGCACACAGGCACGGGAGGGUGUACUCACUGCCCUGUGUGUAGCAGCUGUCACCAUCCCUCUGCACCCCUGUGCGUGUGUGCCUGUAACACACAUGUGUGCACAGACACCCGAGGCCCUUGCGGGGGGGACACUGAGGGGGGCCGAGCCCCAGGGCAGGGAGGUCCCCGAGGGGGAGUGGUGGCAGACAGCAGGCAGGGCGCGGGCAGGGUGGCUGGGGGCCGUGACCCCCCUGCCCGCUCCGGCAGGUCAAUGUUGAGGACACUGUCGAGAUGCUGCCCAAGUCGCGGCGCGCGCUGACCAUCCAGGAGAUUGCCGCCCUGGCCCGCUCCUCGCUGCACGGCAUCUCGCAGGUGGUGAAGGAGCAUGUGACGAAGCCAACAGCCAUGGCGCAGGGCCGUGUCGCCCACCUCAUUGAGUGGAAGGGCUGGUGCAAGCCGGUGGAGCCGCCGGCCGCCCUGGAGAGCGCCUUCAGCUCCUACUGCCACCUGAGCGAGGGCGAGCAAGAGGCGCGCUUCGCUGCUGGCGUGGCAGAGCAGUUUGCCAUCGCUGAGGCCAAGCUGCGAGCCUGGUCCUCCGUGGACGGGGACGACUCCAACGACGAAUCCUACGAUGAGGACUUCCUGCCCUCCACGGAGAGCUCCCAGCCCGCCGAGCUGCCCGGCACGGUGCCCGCCAGCGCGCUGCUGCGAGACCUGCUGCAGGGCCACCUGUGCCAGCUGGGCAUGCGACACGGCUCCUGCGAGCCCGAGAGCGACUCCUCGCACACUCUCUCCCCUGAGACCCUCUGCUCCAGCCUCUGCAGCCUGGAGAUGGUGUCCCCCUCCGAACUCACUGCCAAACUGCUGGGCUCCCUGGGGGGCGAGGACCUGCUGCUGCCCAAGCUGCCCCCCCCAGCCAGCCAAAGUGCCUUGCGGGGCCUGGCACGGCUCCGGUGCCAGGACUCCCUCUACUCCGUGUCCUACGCCGAGGCCUGCCUCUCGCCCGCUGAGGAUGAGGUGGUGCUGAGCAAGGACUUCCCGCUCCACCGGAAAGUCUCCGACGUCGCGUCCUCCGGGGUGGCAUCGCUGGAGGAGGAGGAGGAGGCUGAAGAACCCUGAUGCCCCCCUGGGGUGCCCUGCCUCUCCCGGCGGGGGUCCAGCCCC